ACAUACGGUUUGUCACACAGCUCAUUUGUAGCAAUAUCAGAAUCACAGCGGAUCUAAAUAGUUAGUACAGGUGUAUCUCAAGUGAAAAACAGUUACAUUUUACUAGACGCUGAGCUUUUACUAUAAAAAGCAAACGGAACUUUUAGUGACAUUUGUUGUGUGUUUAUAUUUGUCUUUGGAUUUUUCAUCAGUUACAAUAAGAGUAUGAUUUCGCCGACUGUCACCCCAUCGUCGGAUAUCUCAGUUCAGCAGAAGCCGUUUCAUCGGCCUGGUUUUCCGACGGAAUACCCGACAAUUCCGUCACCCAUAGAACGAGGACAAAGCUGUCCAACAUCGCCUUCGUCUCCAUGUUCAACAGCUUCAGAACAUGAUUCGAGCUUAGAGAAGACAACGCCGACGGACUCCGAUCAUUCCGACGACGGCGAGAAGGAUGCUAUCGGAACACAUUACUACAGGAAUCCAAAUGUUGACAAUGAUUUGUCCGGAUUGGAUAACGGUGUUAGACGAUACAGAACGGCAUUUACCAAAGAACAGAUCAACACUUUGGAGAGAGAAUUUAACAAGGAAAAUUACGUUUCCAGACCAAAACGAUGUGAACUCGCAAAACAGUUGAACCUUCCAGAGAGCACAAUAAAGGUCUGGUUUCAAAAUCGCCGCAUGAAGGAUAAGCGCCAAAGAAUGGCAGUCACUUGGCCAUACGGAAUUCCUCCAGAUCCACAAAUCUACGCUUACCUCGCCGCAGCCGCCGCUUCGUAUCCAUACGCUUUACCUAACCCAGCCGCCCCUUCGUAUCCGUCACUUCCGCUUCCGGGGCUUUACCAGACACAAACUUCAUCAGCCUUUUCACCGUUGGCACCACAAAAUCCACUCAAACCCAUGUUUGAUACUUUACCUCCAUUCCACGGGGCACUGAGUGCAUCGUCUGCUCUAGAUAGACUGUCGUCUGCAACUUCAGAAACUACCUCAAUUGAAACUUCUUUAGCUCAGAGAUACAAAACCGACAACCCAACCCUUGGUGCAAUGCCAUCUUCCAUCCCAGGAUUUAAAUCUGGGUGCCCAUGUGGGCUCCCAACAUGUUCAUUAUCGAGCGGACUUCAUCCAAGCUUCCCGACCUCAAUUCACAGCAGCUUUCAUCCGGGUCUUCAUCCAUCACUUACAACAUCUCUCUCGACAGGAAUUAUGUCCGCUCCAUUAAAUCCUCUUUUUCAAAAGACAGAAAUGAGCAAGCAUUAAGACACUUUUGA